AUGGUCCAGAUCAGCGAAGUGAAGGGCAACUCGCGCGAGAACAGAACAGCGGCGCACACGCAUAUCAAGGGUCUGGGACUACGGCCUGAUGGUACGGCAGAGAACAAUGCGGAUGGAUUCGUUGGACAGGGACUCGCCCGCGAGGCAUGCGGUGUCGUGGUUGAUCUGAUCAAGGCCAAGAAGAUGGCCGGUCGGGCUGUUCUUCUGGCCGGUGGACCGGGAACUGGAAAGACGGCUCUUGCCCUUGCUGUGUCGCAGGAGCUGGGAACCAAGGUCCCAUUCUGCCCGAUUGUCGGCAGUGAGAUCUACUCCGCUGAGGUCAAGAAAACAGAGGCGCUGAUGGAGAACUUCCGGAGGGCGAUUGGUCUCCGUGUCCGCGAAACCAAGGAAGUCUACGAAGGUGAAGUGACGGAGCUUACCCCCGAAGAAACGGAGAACCCUCUCGGAGGAUACGGACGUACGAUCAGCCAUUUGAUUAUCGGACUCAAGUCCGCCAAGGGCACCAAGAAGCUGCGCCUGGACCCCAGCAUCUACGAAGCCAUCCAGAAGGAGCGGGUUACCGUCGGAGACGUCAUCUACAUCGAAGCUAACACCGGAGCCUGCAAGCGUGUGGGACGGUCCGACGCCUACGCGACCGAGUUCGAUCUCGAAGCCGAAGAAUACGUUCCCGUACCGAAGGGAGAGGUCCACAAGAAGAAGGAAAUCGUUCAAGAUGUGACGCUACACGAUCUGGAUAUGGCCAACGCCAGGCCGCAGGGUGGACAGGAUGUGAUGAGCAUGAUGGGACAACUCAUGAAGCCCAAGAAGACUGAGAUUACCGAGAAGCUGCGUCAGGAGAUCAACAAGGUUGUCAACCGGUACAUUGACCAGGGUGUUGCUGAGCUUGUUCCUGGUGUUCUCUUCAUCGACGAGGUCCAUAUGCUUGAUAUCGAAUGCUUCACAUAUCUCAACCGGGCCCUCGAAUCCUCCAUCUCUCCCAUCGUCAUCCUCGCAUCCAACCGCGGCCACACCGUCAUCCGCGGCACGGACGACAUCGCUGCCGCCCACGGGAUCCCUCCCGACCUUCUCGCCCGCCUCCUCAUCAUCCCCACCCACGCCUACUCCCCCGACGAGAUCAAGACCAUCAUCCGCCUGCGCGCCAAGACGGAAGGCCUCAACAUCACCGACCCCGCCCUGGACAAGGUCUCCGAGCACGGCAGCAAGGUCAGCCUGCGGUAUGCCCUGCAACUCCUGACCCCCGCCAGUAUCCUGGCCCGGGUCAACGGACGCCCAGGCGGUAUCGAGGAGGCCGAUGUUGUAGAGUGCGAAGAUCUGUUCCUCGAUGCGCGGAGAAGCGCCGCCAUUGUCAACCAGGAUAGCGAUAAGUUCCUCAAAUAAAGCGCGUCAUGUUCACUUCGCUGCUUGGAGUUAGUGUGAGCUUUUAGAGACGGACGGAUAUUUGGGAUUGUGCUUUCAUCGGAAUUGACAAAAGGUCGACGGGAAGAGAGAGAGAAGAAAGACAUACAAGCAAGCAAACAAUAUGUAUACCACGUCUAAUGUGACUGUCUGUAUGUUCUGCAUGGUGAAUUGGGAAGAGCGACUGCCUUUCUAUGAACGAGCUAUUUUUACGUUAAUGCCAAC